CUCUCUAGCCACUGUCACUCUGGUCUCUGGGCUCCGGGCUCGUACGGUUGGACCCGCCAGGCCGGUGCCUCAGUCUUUCAACUAGAUCAAACCAUGGCUAUCAUUGUGGAAAAUCUAUGGAAUGAUAGUGAUUUUUGGGAAGACUAUUGGGAUGAGUGGGGAAAUUUCACUGGCACACCAGCCAUAGACGGAUCUAAUAGUCCCUGUAGGAUAGACACUGAGACACGCAACAAGUACGCCGUGGUCAUCAUCUACGCGCUGGUCUUCCUGCUGAGCCUGCUGGGUAACUCGCUGGUGAUGCUGGUGGUCUUAUACAGCCGGGUCAGCCGCUCUGUCACCGAUGUCUAUCUGCUGAACCUGGCCAUAGCCGACCUGCUCUUUGCCCUGACCUUGCCCAUCUGGGCUGCCUCCGAGGCAAAGGGCUGGAUCUUUGGCACAACCCUGUGCAAGGUCGUCUCGCUCCUGAAGGAAGUCAACUUCUACAGCGGUAUUCUACUGCUGGCCUGCAUCAGCGUGGACCGCUACCUGGCCAUCGUCCACGCCACACGCACGCUGACCCAGAAGCGGAACUGGGUCAAGUUCAUAUGCUUAGGCAUCUGGACCCUGUCCUUCAUUCUGUCUUUGCCCAUCUUCUUCCUCCGCAAGGCCGUCAACCCACCCGAUUCCAGCCCAGUCUGCUAUGAGGACUUGGGUGCCAACACAACCAAAUGGCGGAUGGUGAUGCGGGUCCUGCCCCAGACCUUUGGCUUCCUCCUGCCGCUGCUGGUCAUGCUGUUCUGCUAUGGACUCACCCUGCGCACGCUGUUUCAGGCCCAAAUGAGGCAGAAGCACCGGGCCAUGCGGGUCAUCUUUGCUGUCGUGCUCGUCUUCCUGCUCUGCUGGCUGCCCUACAACCUGGUCCUGGUCUCAGACACCCUCAUGAGGCUCCGGGUCAUCGAGGAGACCUGUGAGCGUCGCAACGACAUUGGCCGGGCCCUGGAUGCCACCGAGAUUCUGGGCUUCCUCCACAGCUGCCUCAACCCCCUUAUCUAUGUCUUCAUCGGCCAGAAGUUUCGCCACGGACUCCUCAAGAUCUUGGCCAUCCACGGCCUUAUCCGCAAGGAGUUCUUGCCCAAGGAUAGCAGGCCUUCCUUUGUUGGUUCCUCUUCGGGGAACACUUCCACCACCCUCUGAGACGCCCACCCCUGUUGCAGCCCCUCAGGGCUCCUCCCUUCCCUUCAGCAUCCCAUCCCAAGCCUCACGUCCACUGGCUGUCCUCGGUCUCUGGGUCAAGGCGGCCCCCGUUGUGGUUACAGGAAGUUGCUGAGGCUGCGUCCUUACCAGGCCCCCACUGUGUGGUUUAGAAAGCCUGCCCUGGGGCCCCACCCCUUAGCAAAAGUACCAUGGCAACUGCCAGAGCUCUGUCCAUCCGACCACUGAGCCCACAGCACUCUGUCUUCUGAGACGUUUAAAAGACAUUCUUGUAAGUGACUACAAAACCUUCCGGGCAUUGGGAGCCAUUAGUGGCAGCACCAUUGGUGCCUCUGCAUCUCUCCCUUUCCCAGCCUGCUGGGCAAGUCCGUCUCCCUUGAGAGAGGCUGAGAAUGACAGAUACUCUCUUUCUAAGACUCCCUUAUGCU